AAAAAGCUGACAUCUGAAGUUAAUUGAUGUGACUGACAAUGUCUGUUUUCCUAAAGUAUAUAAAAGGGUUCUAGCACUUGAUGUUGAACUGGGACAACACUGAUUUAACACAAUGGGAAAGAUAAUCUUUUAUGAAGACAAGAACUUCCAGGGUCGCUCCUAUGAGUGCAGAAGUGACUGUGCUGACCUGCACUCCCAUUUCAGCCGCUGUAACUCCAUUCAGGUUGAGAAUGGAUGCUGGAUGGUGUAUGAGCGGCCACACUUUAUGGGUUACCAGUACUUCUUGAGCAGGGGCGAGUACGCUGACUAUCAACGAUGGAUGGGUUUCAAUGAUUGUGUCAGAUCCUGUCGAAUGAUACCACAACACCAGGGAUCCUACAGAAUGAUGAUCUAUGAACGUCCAGACUUUGGCGGUCAGAUGAUGGAGUUUACUGACGACUGUCCAUCCAUUUAUGAACGCUUCCGCUACAACGAUAUCCAUUCAUGCCAUGUACAAGAUGGAUACUGGAUCUUCUAUGAACACCCCAAUUACAGAGGGAGGCAGUACCUACUGAAACCUGGCGAAUAUAAGCGGUACAGCGAUUGGGGUGCUAUGACUUCAAAAGUUGGUUCUUUCAGGCGUAUUACCAUCUGAUUCUGAUGGACAGGGUAGAUCUGAAAUGAAAUAAACAAAGGAACAUUUUCUUCUCUUAUCAAUGACAUUUACUAUUAAUUAUGAAAAUAAAGAAAACAUGAUGACUUCAGUUCAUACUGUGGAAUGAAUUAACUUUUUCUGUACACACUGCUGAGUUUUAGGAGCAGAAAAUCUUCAAAUUAAUAAAAUCAUUAUAAAUAAGAGGUGUGCCAUAGGUUCUAGUCAAAA